GGCUGGCUGUGUGGUGUCCCCCGGGGCGGGGGGGCUUCGCGGCGGCCGCGGGCUGAGGGCGCAGAGGGCCGCCGGCGAGCCCCGGGCGCGGAGGGCGGGGAGGCGGCCGCUGUGUGUGUCCCCCCCCCGCCCCGCUCUCUCUCUCACACACACACACACACGCAGACGCGCACCCGGGAGGCGGCUCGGUGGCACCGGCGGAGGGGGAACCGCCGCCGCCGCCUGCCCGCCCGCUUCGCCUGCCCGCCCGCCGCCAACCCCCCGCCUCGGGGGCGGCUGCCCCCGGUGGAGCCUCCAUCUGCAGCCCGGCGGCGGGAGCGGGAACAUGGCGGACCUGGAGGCGGUGCUGGCCGAUGUCAGCUACCUGAUGGCGAUGGAGAAGAGCAAGAGCACCCCGGCGGCCAGGGCCAGCAAGAAGAUCACCCUGCCCGAGCCCAGCAUCCGCAGUGUUAUGCAGAAAUACCUCGAGGAAAGGGGUGAAUUAACCUUUGACAAGAUCUUUCAUCAAAAGAUUGGAUUUUUGCUUUUCAAAGAUUAUUGCAUGAAUGAGAUUGAUGAGGCUGUUCCUCAGCUGAAGUUCUAUGAAGAGAUCAAAGACUACGAGAAGCUGGACUCGGAGGAGGAGCGGCUGAGCCGGAGCCGGCAGAUUUACGACACCUACAUCAUGAAGGAGCUGCUGUCCUGUUCUCAUCCUUUCUCCAAACAAGCUGUAGAUCAUGUACAAAAACAUUUAGCCAAGAAACAAGUGCCAGCCAGCCUUUUUCAGCCAUAUAUAGAAGAAAUUUGCGAUAGUCUGAGAGGAAAAAUAUUUCAAAAAUUUAUGGAAAGUGACAAGUUUACUAGGUUUUGCCAGUGGAAAAAUGUAGAACUAAAUAUUCAUCUGACCAUGAAUGAUUUUAGUGUACAUAGAAUAAUAGGAAGAGGGGGAUUUGGUGAAGUUUAUGGCUGCAGGAAAGCAGACACUGGAAAAAUGUAUGCAAUGAAAUGUUUAGAUAAGAAGAGAAUCAAGAUGAAGCAAGGAGAAACAUUAGCCUUAAAUGAAAGAAUUAUGCUGUCCCUUGUCAGCACAGGGGACUGUCCUUUUAUAGUGUGUAUGACCUAUGCCUUCCACACCCCUGACAAACUCUGCUUCAUUCUGGACCUGAUGAAUGGAGGAGAUUUGCACUAUCACCUCUCCCAGCAUGGAGUGUUCUCUGAAAAAGAAAUGAGGUUUUAUGCUACUGAAAUCAUCCUGGGGUUGGAACACAUGCACAACCGCUUCGUGGUGUACAGAGACCUAAAGCCUGCAAAUAUCUUGUUGGAUGAACAUGGGCACGUGAGGAUAUCAGACCUUGGGCUGGCUUGUGAUUUCUCCAAAAAGAAGCCACAUGCCAGUGUAGGUACCCACGGGUACAUGGCUCCCGAGGUGCUGCAGAAGGGGACGGCGUACGACAGCAGCGCGGACUGGUUCUCCUUGGGCUGCAUGCUUUUCAAACUCCUCAGAGGUCACAGUCCUUUCAGACAGCACAAAACCAAAGAUAAGCAUGAGAUCGACAGGAUGACGCUCACCGUGAAUGUGGAGCUCCCAGAUUCCUUUUCUCCUGAGCUGAAGUCCCUUUUGGAAGGGCUCCUGCAGCGAGAUGUUAGCAAGAGGCUUGGAUGCCAAGGGAGAAGUGCACAAGAAGUCAAAGAGCAUGCUUUCUUCAAAGGCAUUGAUUGGCAGCAAGUCUAUUUACAAAAGUAUCCUCCACCAUUGAUUCCUCCCCGGGGAGAAGUAAAUGCAGCAGAUGCUUUUGAUAUUGGGUCAUUUGAUGAAGAGGACACUAAAGGCAUUAAGUUGCUUGAUAGUGACCAGGAGUUAUAUAAGAACUUCCCUCUGGUAAUAUCGGAGCGUUGGCAGCAAGAAGUAGCAGAAACUGUUUAUGAUGCAGUAAAUGCAGACACAGAUAAAAUUGAGGCCAGAAAAAGGGCUAAAAAUAAGCAGCUUGGCCACGAGGAAGACUAUGCCCUUGGGAAGGACUGCAUCAUGCAUGGCUACAUGCUGAAGCUGGGGAACCCCUUCUUGACUCAGUGGCAGCGACGUUACUUUUACCUCUUCCCAAACCGACUGGAGUGGCGAGGAGAAGGAGAGUCUCGGGACCUCUGGACUAUUUAUACAAAAAAACAUAAACUGCAAAACCUGCUGACCAUGGAACAAAUCGUGUCUGUGGAAGAGACCCAGAUCAAAGACAAGAAGUGCAUCUUGCUGAGGAUCAAAGGAGGGAAGCAGUUUGUCCUGCAGUGUGAGAGUGACCCAGAAUUUGUCCAGUGGAAGAAGGAGCUGACAGAAGCUUUCACUGAGGCACAGAGGUUGCUGCGCCGGGCUCCAAAGUUCCUCAAUAAAUCUCGCUCCACGGUUGUAGAGCUUUCCAAACCACCCCUCAGCCACAGGAACAGCAAUGGGCUGUAGGAGAAGCAGGAGACCAAGUUCACUUAGGGGGAAAGAAAAAGCUUCUUGGUGAACAUGCUGAGUUUCACAGCAUCCUUAUGAGUUACUUUGUGCAAUCCUGGACGCGGGAUCUGCUUAGGAGAAGAGGAAUUAGAUGUUUACAGCGUGGGAUCGUGUCAGAACUCUGUCUCUGGAGGUUGUGAAGGCUGGGAUCGUGUCAGAACUCUGUCUCUGGAGGUUGUGAAGGCUGGAACAGUGGCACAUGAAUUCAUGCUGCUGGCAGUGGUGGAGAUGCCCAAGCGUGGAGGCUGCGUGUUGCCCCCAGCUCAUCCCCGCACCCUGGUGGUGUCCGAAUCGUGGUCUGUGGCUCUCAAACUACUGAUGGAAAGGAAAAACAACCUUUUGCCUGCAAUACCCUUGCCUGGAGGCUGGAACGGUUUCUGCUGGCUGGGCUUCCCCUGGCAUGUGGGAUACCAACAGAGCCCUGGGCAGUGGCAGGAGCUUGCAGAGCUGCCCUGUUGGCUAACCUUUAACCCGUCGUGUUGCCAUGUCCUUUCCGCCCAUCACUGCUGACUCGAUGAUAACCUUGCUCCAUACUGCUGAUGAUCAACAGUGUGUGACUCUCUGAUGCACUUCAAAGUACUGAAUUCUACCUGUCCUGUGGUCUAAAUGUUAUUGCUACUUCAUGGAAGCAUUGAACUCAAGAUUAUUCCGUGGGGGUUGUUGUACUCACUAAUAGUAGCUACCACCAGGUUUUGCUCCUUCUCUCCCUAUAUGCAGUCUUGUAACUGACACCAUAGGGUCCUGGCUGGCAAAGAGGAUUUGUUGGUAGCUUCAUCUUACUGUUCUCUUGUAUAAAUCCCAACUCUUUUAGCACAGGUUUUUAAAGAGCAAGAUUUCCUUUUGACAAGUUUACAACCAGCUUUUCUUUUUUUUUCUCCAUUUCAGGUUGAAUGCACUUUUGAAACAUUAAAAACAAAGAAAGAAACUAAAAAACCCCAACCAAACAAAAGAGGAAUUUAUUCCAAUCCAAUGCAUUGCAGUGCAUGUGCUGGGUGAAACUAACCAGGAGCCUCCAGGAUGUCUGCUGGAUCACUCCUGGCUCCUUCUCUUUGCUCUACACAAAACCUGGUUUUGCAGAGCAGGCAUCCCAGGCUUCAUCAUAGAAUCACAGCAGUGGAGCUGCUUGAGGUGUUGGUUUGGUGGCAGCAUGGCCACCAGGAGUAGGACCAAGCCCUUCAUAGAAUGAUGGAGUGUUAGGAGUUGGAAGGGAGCUGUAGAGAUGAUCCAGUCCAACCCCCAUGCCAGAGCAGGAGCAUCUGGGGCAGGUCACACAGGAAUGCAUCCAGGUGGGUUCUGAAAGUCUCCAGAGGAGGAGACUCCACAACCUCUCUGUGCAGCCUGCUCCAGGGCUCUGUCACCCUCACAGCAAAGAAGCUUCUCCUCAUGUUGAGGUGGAAUUUCCUGUGUUCCAGCUUGUACCUCUUGUCACUUCUCCUUGUACUGGGCACCAGCAAAAAGAGCCUGGCACCUUCAUCUUGACAGCCCCCCCCCAGAUAUUUAUAGAUGUUGAUCAGAUCCCCUCUCAGCCUGCUCUUCUCCAGACUAGACAGCCCCAGAGCAGACAGUCUUUCUGCAGAGGAGAGAUGUUCCAGUCCCUUCAUCAUCCUCAGAGCUCUCCAUUGGACUCUCUCCAGCAGAUCCCUGUCUGUCUUGAGCUGGGAACUUGCUUGGUUCUGCUGGUGUGGAGGGGAAGCUGGAAUUCCACCCUUCCAAGCCAAUGCUGCUCCAAACUGCUCCAUCCUGGUUUAGGUAUCAGACUCUCUAAGGUGUCUUCUUGGCCAGAGAUCCUUGGUGGUGUUAUUUUAUGUGAGGGUCUUCAGCUGUAGGUGUAGGAGAUGAUGUUGAAGACAGAGAGAAGAAGGCCCAGAGUUGUCUUUUCUGUAUUUUGUCCAUGUUUAUAGGACUUUUUGUUUUAAUUGGUGUUGAAGCAAGUAAAGAGAGGAGAAGUUGGAGCUUUGGGCAUCAACAGAGCCAAGUGAAUGAUUCAGCAUGGGAGAGUUAAAGUUAUCUGGAAGUCCUUUAAAAGCAAAUCAGCUGCAGUGAAAAUCUGAGCAUGGAGAGGAGUUGGUUAGUCUUAGAUUUCAAAAUAGAGGAUGACAUGCUGCUGCUACACACCCCCUACACAGCCAGCUGCCCCCACUGCUGCAGGAUUAUUGUCCCCUAUUCUUUGUCCCUGACGUGUGAGAGGACAAAUGCAGUGAGACCAGGUCCUGAGAGCAGCAGCCAGGAGUGAGGUGCUGGUGGGAAAGGGGAAAGUACUGCAGGAGCUGGGCUGAGGGGGAAUAGUGACUUCUGGGGGAGCUCCAGCUCUGCUUUUCCUGUUUCCCCUCCUGCCUUUCCAUUUCCCCUUUUGUUGUUCCCUUUCCUGUUUCUCCCUUUGCUGUUCCCUUUCCUUCUCCCUUUUUUACCUUUUCCCCUUCUCCCUUUUCCCUUUCCCCCUUUUCCUUCCUUUCCCUGUUUUGCCUCUCCCUUCCUCUCCCCUUUUUGCCUUUCCCUUCCUCUCCCCUUUUUGCCUCUGCCUUUCUCUCCCCUUUUUGCCUCUCCCUUCCUCUCUCCCUUUUGCCUCUCCCUUCCUCUCCUCUUUUUGCCUCUGCCUUUCUCUCCCCCUCUUGCCUCUCCCUUUCUCUCCCCCUCUUGCCUCUGCCUUUCUCUCCCCCUCUUGCCUCUGCCUUUCUCUCCCCCUCUUGCCUCUCCCUUCCUCUCCCCCUCUUGCCUCUGCCUUUCUCUCCCCUCUUGCCUCUCCCUUCCUUCCUCUCCCCCUUUUGCCUCUCCCUGCACACAAAGGUGACAUUUUUGCUCAGUGGCAGUUGCUCUAAAUCCAGAUCAUUUUCCAGCUCAAGAUUUGCCAGCAUCAGCCUUUGAGGUGAAAUUCCAGUGCAGGGGAAGCAAAGCCCCAAUUCUUCUGCUGCAAGCAGAGUGGGACCGAGGAGCUGUUUGGAGCUGGGCAAGAGCUUGUCUGGUGGUGUGAAGUGUUCCCUGGCCACUGUGUCAGCUGAGAUGUCUCCUCAUUGCUGCUAAAAAGGGGCAAAUCUGAGUUUUUGGUCAUUAUUUUGCCAGUUCAUGAAACUGUUAAAGGAUCCUUGGCUGAUUUCUUGGAAUCCUUCAUCCAGCUGUAGGCUCUGCUCAUUUCUAAGUACAAAACCUCUUCCUCUCAGUUCUGUCAGAGCUCUGAGUCCUGUCACUGUUCCAGCUGCAGCCUCACAAGUUGCUUCUCCCACCACUGCUGGCAGAUAAGCCUGGCUGGUGUAAAUCCUGGAACUCACCCAGCUUCUGUUCAGGUUCUUACUUGGGCUCCAAAGGCAGACUUUUGGAGCAGAGUGUGUGAAUGGGCAACCUGGCAGGUAGGGACAGUGCCCACAGCUCCAGGAGACAGACCUCAGCUUGAUGUUCUCUUCAUGCCAACUCUCCUGUAGAAACACAGCAGAAGUUCUGCUUCUGGCAAGGAGAAGAGAAGGAAACGAGACUGUGGGAUGGGUUCUGGCUGUAGUGCCAGGGCAGUUGGUGCAUGGAGAGCAGGAAAUGUUGUGUAUUUGGUGCUAAAACACCAAACCAUGUUGUGGUCCUCUACGAGUGGACACUUGGUGUUCAGUGGAGCUGCUUGAGGUGUUGGUUUGGUGGCAGCAUGGCCACCAAGAGUAGGACCAAGCCCUUCAUAGAAUGAUGGAGUGUUAGGAGUUGGAAGGGAGCUGUAGAGAUGAUCCAGUCCAACCCCCAUGCCAGAGCAGGAGCAUCUGGGGCAGGUCACACAGGAAUGCAUCCAGGUGGGUUCUGAAAGUCUCCAGAGGAGGAGACUCCACAACCUCUCUGUGCAGCCUGCUCCAGGGCUCUGUCACCCUCACAGCAAAGAAGCUUCUCCUCAUGUUGAGGUGGAACUUUGUGUGUUGCAGUUUGUACUUCUUGUUCUUGUCCUGUCACUGGGCAUCACUGAAAGAGCCUGGCCCCUUCUUCUUGACACUCACCCCUCAGAUACAGUGAUCAGAUCCCCUCUCAGCCUUCUCUUCUCCAGACUAGACAGCCCCAGGGCUCCCAGCCUUUCUUCUUAGCAGAGAUGUUCCAGUCCCCUCAUCAUCCUGGUGGCUCUCCAUUGGACUCUCUCCAGCAGAUCCCUGCCUCUCUUCAGCUGGGGAGCCCUGGGUGCAGUAUCCCAGGUGUGUAGUGAGUUGUGCAGCAGUGCUCUGUGGCUCUGCAGCAAACGAGCUCACAGCCAGGGCAGUACUUGGGGCUCUGUGUUGCCUCUGGUGGGUUUCAGGAGCAGGUUCCUCUCUCCCAUCACCACCUCCAUAUCUACGUGCUGCAGGCGCUGCCCAUCGCACACUGCUCUUUGCUGCUCCCCGCACAGCAGGUGCCAAGGCUCCAGCUAGAGCUGAACUCUUUGAGAUGCUCACACUCUGCAUAGACCUGGAGGAUGGCCUGGUUGUAAGUGUACAGUAGAGAGUAACUAAUUUCUAGCAGUGCUUAAGGACAGGAACAGGGUCGGUUCUAGAGAUUAACAAGAGCUCAGAAGCUUAUUUUGGGAAAGCAGAGGAAUUAAUUUUAAUAUUGUAUAAAAUAAAGCAGAAAAGGAAAAAAAAAAAGGCAAACCUAAGGGAAAAAAUUAUCUAAAACUCUCCAGAGAGUGUUGUUGUAUAGCCAAAUGUCUGAGGAGUUCUGAGGUAAUCCUCCCUCCCCUCUUCCUCUCCUCUCUCUAUUGUUGUCCCUUUGCUUUCUGUCCCACAUAAUCCUCCUCCCUCUCCCCUCUCUGUUGGGUCCCUUUGCUUUCUCUCCCCUCAUAAUCCUCCUUCUCUCUGUUGUGUCCCUUUGCUUUCUGUCCCCUCAUAAUCCUCUUCCCUCUCCCCUCUAUUGCUGUCCCUUUGCUUUCUGCCCCCCAUAAUCCUUCUCCUUCUCUCUCUUGUGUCCUUUUGCUUUCUGCCCUCCAUAAUCCUCCUUCUCUCCUCUCUGUUGUGUCCCUUUGCUUUCUGUCCCCUCAUAAUCCUCUUCCCUCUCCCCUCUAUUGCUGUCCCUUUGCUUUCUGCCCCCCAUAAUCCUUCUCCUUCUCUCCUCUCUCGUGUCCUUUUGCUUUCUGCCCCCCAUAAUCCUCCUUCUCUCCUCUCUGUUGUGUCCCUUUGCUUUCUGUCCCUUCCUAAUCCUCCUCCUUCUCCCCUCUUUGUUGUGUCCCUUUGCUUUCUAUCCCCUCAUAAUCCUCCCCUCUCCCCUCUAUUGCUGUCCCUUUGCUUUCUGCCCCUCAUAAUCCUCCUCUUUCUGUUGUUUUCCCUUUGCUUUCUGCCCCUUAUAAUCCUCCUUCUCCUCUCUAUUGCUGUCCCUUUGCUUUCUGCCCCCCAUAGUCCUCCUCCUUCUUUCCUCUAUUGUUUUCCCUUUGCUUUCUGUCCCCUCCUAAUCCUUCUCCCCUCUUUGUUGUGUCCCUUUGCUUUCUAUCCCCUGAUAAUCCUCCCUUCCCUCUCUAUUGUUAUCCCUUUGCUCUCUGUCCCUCCCCACGGUGUACAUAUUGUGUGGAGCAACUUCGGGUUGUUUAAAUUGUAAUUUUUUUUAUUAUUAUUAUUUUUGUGUUCAACUGAAAAAAAAAAAGAGAAAAAAAACCUCA